UUUUAUGGCCGAUUCUGAUCUUUAUAACCUCGAAUUCCUUUCUCUUGUGUCCAAGAUCACCCAGGAAAUUGAAAACCAUACUGGAGUCAACGACAAAGUACUUGCCGAAUUCGUAAUCUCCCUCCACGAUGAAUCCAGUAAAAGUCUUUCCGAGUUCAAGUCGAAGCUGAAGGGUGUUGGGGCUGACUUUCCAGAUUCCUUCGUGGAGAGUGUUGACCGACUUAUUCUCAGCAUGCACCCAAAACACAAAAAAUGGUCUACCACUGCUUCGAAUGGAACUGUUUCGAACGGCGGGGAAUUGACGGAGGAAGAAAAGAAGAGGCGACUAUUUCCAGGGUUGGCGCUCAAGGACCAGGAAGUUUCGCCUGGUGUUUCCGACGAUGUGUUUCUGAAGGAGCUUGGGGAACUUGUCUCGGGGAAGAAACGACCAUCUGAAUUAGACCGUUCACCCAAAAGACGGCGGAGAGACAGCAGGUCUCCUCCCCCUCCCCCUCCUCCCAGAGCAAGAAGUCCCAGUCCGCCUCGAGGUCGUGCUCAUGAUGAUAGAAGGGGUAGAGGCGGCCGUUCGGCUCUCGAUGAGAGGCCUAUAUUAUUCAAGAUAUAUAACGGCCGGAUAUCCGGGCUGCGAGAGUUUGGCGCGUUUGUUACAGUCGAAGGAGUUGCCGGUCGGGUCGAAGGAAUGGUCCAUGUCUCUAAUAUUCAAACUGGUUCCCGAGUCAACUCUGCGUCAGAUCUCUUGAGCAGAGGACAGAAUGUAAAGGUGAAGGUUAUAAGUGUUGCUGGAAGCAGAGUUGGUCUUUCAAUGAAAGACGUUGACCAAGUCACUGGUCGAGACCUCACCCCUCAUCUUCGCAUCAAGUCGGAAGCAGAGAUGGAAGAAGAACGUGUUCGCACCGCCCGCGCCUCAUCAGGUGCCAACUCCGUCCCCCUCAACUCGCGCGAUGAUGCACCAAAACGGUCUGCAAAGCGAUUGACCUCUCCAGAACGUUGGGAAAUUAAGCAGUUAAUUUCUUCUGGUGCUCUCGACGCCGCGGAUUAUCCCGACCUCGACGAAGACAUGCAUAACCCGGCAGCACAGGCCGAAGUAGAAGAAGAGCUUGACGUGGAAAUUCGAGAGGAUGAGCCGCCAUUCUUGGCUGGUCAAACCAAACGGACGCUUGACUUGAGUCCAGUGAAGAUAGUGAAGGCACCAGAUGGAUCACUUAACCGUGCUGCUCUGAACGGAGCUUCAUUAGCCAAAGAACGUAGGGAACUGCGACAGCAAGAGGCCAACGAAAAAGCGGAUUCCGAGGCCCGAGACUUCAGUCAACCAUGGCUUGAUCCUAUGGCCCGAGACACGGACAAGGUGUUUGCGCAGGACCUCAGAGGGAAUCUGAGAGGACAGAAGGCAGGGGAAGUACCGCAAUGGAGGGAACAGACAUUCAAUAAAGCAACAACUUAUGGUGAAAUUACGAAUUUGACCAUCACAGAACAACGGAGACGGUUACCAAUCUACAAACUACGCGAGCCAUUGCUCAAAGCUAUCGAAGAGCACCAGAUUCUUAUUGUCGUCGGUGAUACCGGGUCCGGCAAAACAACGCAGAUGACGCAGUACCUCGCAGAGGCCGGAUACGCAGAUCGUGCUCGCAUAGGUUGCACUCAGCCUCGUCGUGUCGCUGCCAUGUCGGUUGCCAAACGUGUAUCCGAGGAGGUUGGCUGUCGACUCGGUCAAGAGGUCGGGUAUACGAUACGUUUUGAGGAUUGCACCAGUCCGGAGACUCGAAUAAAGUACAUGACGGAUGGUAUGCUCCAGCGAGAGUGUCUCAUCGAUCCGUUGUGCAACAACUACUCGGUAAUUAUGUUGGACGAAGCACAUGAACGGACAAUCGCCACAGAUGUUCUGUUCGGUCUUCUCAAAAAGGCCGUCAAGCGAAGACCAGACCUCAAGCUGAUUGUGACUUCAGCGACGUUGGACGCUGAGAAAUUCUCCAAGUACUUCUAUGGAUGCCCCAUCUUUACCAUCCCCGGUCGGACAUUCCCAGUCGAAAUACUCUAUACAAAGGAGCCCGAGACAGACUAUAUGGAUGCCUCUCUCAUUACUGUCAUGCAGAUUCACUUAUCAGAGCCCCCUGGUGACAUUCUUCUCUUCCUGACCGGACAGGAAGAAAUUGACACGGCUUGUGAAAUUUUGUUCGAACGCAUGAAAGCCUUGGGACCAAAAGUGCCCGACCUCCUUAUUCUCCCUAUCUACUCUGCCCUACCAUCCGAAGUGCAGUCACGCGUUUUUGAUCCAACCCCUCCCGGUGUUCGCAAGGUGGUCAUUGCAACGAACGUCGCCGAAACUAGCUUAACGAUUCCUAACAUCUACUAUGUCAUCGAUCCAGGAUUUUCGAAGCAGAAUGCCUACGAUCCUCGUCUAGGUAUGGACUCUCUCGUGGUGAUGCCCAUUUCACAAGCGCAAGCACGUCAGCGCUCGGGUCGUGCAGGGCGCACUGGUCCCGGAAAAUGUUAUCGUCUCUAUACUGAGGCUGCGUUUCAAAACGAGAUGCUUCCCAACUCCAUCCCGGACAUUCAGAGAACGAAUUUAGCGACCACGAUUCUUCAGCUCAAAGCGAUGGGAGUCAACGACCUUCUUUCCUUUGAUUUUAUGGACCCACCUCCUGCGCAAACAAUGUUAACAGCACUUGAAUCCCUCUAUGCCUUAUCCGCGCUUGAUGAUGAAGGUCUUCUCACGGGGCUAGGUCGCAAAAUGGCAGAUUUCCCUAUGGAACCACCAUUAGCCAAGAUGCUGAUUGCAUCCGUGGAGUUGGGGUGUUCUGAAGAGAUUCUUUCUAUUGUUGCAAUGUUGUCUGUCCAAACGGUCUUUUACCGCCCGAAAGAAAAACAGGGUCAGGCUGAUUCUAAGAAGGCCAAAUUCCACCAACCCGAAGGUGAUCAUCUCACCCUGCUCACUGUGUACAACGGCUGGAAGAAUGCCAACUUCUCAAAUCCGUGGUGUUACGAGAACUUCAUCCAAGCACGUAGUAUGAGGCGAGCGCAGGACGUUAGGAAACAACUGCUCGGUAUCAUGGACAGAUACAAGCAUGAUAUUAUAUCUGCUGGGAAAGAUUAUAACCGUAUCAGGAGGGCAAUUUGUUCAGGCUUCUUCCGACAUGCGGCGAAAAAGGAUCCGCAAGAAGGGUACAAGACUCUUGUGGAGGGAACACCCGUGUACAUCCAUCCAUCUUCAGCAUUGUUCAACAGAGCUCCCGAAUGGUUGAUAUAUCACGAACUUGUUCUUACUACCAGGGAGUAUUGUCAUAACGUGACAGCGGUGGAACCUAAAUGGCUGGUGGAAGUUGCACCUCAGUUCUUUAAAGUCGCCGAUGCGCACAAGAUCAGUAAACGGAAACGGCAGGAGAAGAUCGAACCCCUUUUCAACAAGUAUGAAAAACCAGACGAAUGGCGAUUAUCGAAGAUCAAGAGGAGUACUCGCUCGAGUCAAACGUUUGGUUGAUUUCACAUCUGGUAAUCUUUUAUCAUGUGAAGUAUUUGUUAUAUCUCUGUAUACUAUAGAAAA